GAUUUCCCUGCACCGCCCACUCCUGUCUUUCUUUUAAUCUUCUCCCCUCUGAUAGCGCCGUCACUUAACCCCGGCCUGCAGCGCCAUGGCCAGCUAUAACUCCAUCAACAACAAUCAACAACACGGCAGCUCUCCGUACGGCUCUGGUGAUCCAUACUAUAACGAAUCCACAGGCUUCAUCUCUCCUCCCAUGCCCAAGAAGCGCUCCUCCAACUGGCUCAAGAUCGGUGUCCCCGUCUUGGUCCUCGUUAUCAUCGGUGCCGUCGUCGGCGGUGUCGUCGGCACACGCUCAUCAUCCAAGAGUAGCAGCUCCUCGUCCUCCGGCGCCAGCAGCGCUGCUGUCACAGGCGAGGCAGCCGCGAGCGCUGCUGCGAGCGCGAAGAAUGCCAUCGGCCGAUUCGCCACCUCCACCAACAGCGAAUUCAUGAUCCCUGUAUAUCCCGCCACUACCAACACCGCCGCGUUCACGACGCCCACAUUCGUAGCCUCGAGCAACGCCAAGCUCUCGUGGCCCUCUGAUUCAUUCAAGCCUGCCAACCCCAGUCCCACCGAGGUCCGUACGGACCGCCCCCGCCUUAUUGCCCCCUCCUACAAGUGGCAAGCUCUGCCUAAUCUCAUUCCCAACGACCCGUACCUCAAAGGAUGGAACGACACCAUCUUCGGAAACGCGACUGCGUACGCCGCUCUACCUCCUGUCGUCUACCACAUGGACGGUGCCAGCGGUAUCUUGGACAAUGCUCGCGAGAUCAAAAUGAGGAUCAAGGCAUUCGCAUAUGCCUACCGCAUGACGAACGACACCAAGUGGGUGGACAGAGCGUGGGAGGAGAUUCAGAACGCUGCUGGCAACGGCACGACAUCGUUUGGUCCCGACACUGACAAGUGGAACUCGCCUCAUUUCCUCGAUACCGCCGAGUUCACAGCCGCAUUUGCCAUCGCAUAUGAUUGGCUCCACGACAUGUGGACUGACGACCAGAAGAGCCAGAUCAUCUUCACUAUGACCAAGUACGGUCUUAGUCUCGGCGUCUCUGCCUAUGAGGGAGACCCCGGCUUCAUCGGCUGGUGGAACAACAACACUGAGGGUAACUGGAACUGCGUGUGUAACGGCGGCCUGACCCUCGGAGCCCUUGCGAUUAUCGGUGACGAUACCACGGGCAUUGCUGAAAAGCUUCUCGGAUACACCAUCCCCGAUGCCAAGAAGAACUGCGCGCUUGCGCCUUCCGACGAUGGUACGUGGUCCGAAACCGCCAACUACUGGUACUUCGGUACCACCGGCCACGCUGAGAUGUCCUCGGCUCUCAUCACCGCGACCGGUUCCGACUACGGGCUCCUUUCCACGAACCCCGACUUCUAUAAGACCGGUGUCUACCACAUGUACGCGACGGGCGCGACCUCGCUCUUCAACUACGGUGACCAUGGACCCAACAAAUUUUCUACGACCGCCAACUCGAUGAUCUUCUACGCCACGCAGUACAACCAGCCGCAGUUCGCCCUGUUCCAGCGCGACCAGCACGAUGCGCCCGAACCGUGGAGCAUGUUCUGGUACGACCCGAGCGUCUCAGGUGCGUUCUGGGACGGCGCUGCGUUGGACAACUUCUUCGACAAUGAGCUGGACCAGUGGGCGUCGAUGCGGAGCAGCUGGACCGACAGCCAAGCGCUCUAUGUUGCGGCCAAAGCCGGAAAGAACCAGGGCCACCAGACACACAACGACUUGGACUGCGGCGACUUUGUGCUGGACGCCCUGGGCACGCGGUGGGCGGGCGAGCUCGGCUCGGGCGACUACCUGUCGACGAACUACUUCAGCAACGACACGCAGAACAGCGACCGGUGGUUGUACUACCGCAAGCGCACGGAGGGCCAGAACACGAUCUUGGUCAACAAGGCGAACCAGAACGUGUUGGCGGCACCCAAGGUGACGCAUGGGACCUCGGGCACCACGCAAGGCUCGAGCACGGUGCUGGAUGUGCCCAGCGACUCGACGGCGUACUGGACCGCGGACCUGAGUAGCGCCUACUUUGACGUGACGUCGUUCUCGCGCGGAGUGCGUCUGAUCAACGGACGCAAGCAGGUGCUGAUCCAGGACGACAUCACUGCGGCGCAGCCGGUGAUGUGGCGGAUGCACACGAACGCGACGGUGACGGUGGACUCGAGCGGGACGUCUGCGACGCUGGCGCUGGACGGGCAGACGUUGAAGAUGGAGAUCCUGAACGCGCCUUCGGGUGCGGCGUUCACGACGGGGCUGGCGGUGCGGUUCUCGGACGAUCCUGCGCUGCCGGCGGGGCAGUCGGACCAGGAGAACCCGGGUGUGACGGUGGUGAUGAUCAGCUUGCCUGCGGGGACGUACAACCUGCAGGUGCUGUUCAACCCGCAGUGGUCGGGAAUGCAGUCGAGCGACUUCAAGACGCCCAACUUCGUCGCGGUGGACCAGUGGAGCCUGACGAGUCACGAGUAGAGGGGACGCGGGACGAGGCAUCGGAUUUUUUCAGUAUCUUUUAUCUGUUUUUUCGAAUUCGUUUCUCGAUAGCGUUCUGUCGUUACUCCCCACUGCGUACUACACGUGGCUGCCCACGCUCGACUGAUGAGGAACUAUGGACUGGAUGUCGAGGUGGGAGAUGGGAGGUGUGGACUGUAAGUACCCUAGCGACGACUAUACUCGUAUACGAUGAUGGCAAGGACCGUUUUUUCCCUGCGUG